AUGGUCAACAUUGCGGGCCUCCUCGCCAGCUCUUGGCUCCUGUCUGGAGCCUACGCGGCAAGCUCUUCUACGAGUGCUUCAUACUCUCAAUUCACCAUCCCUGCCGCCGCAAACAUCGGUGCGAAUCUGAUUGCUAACAUCGAUGACCAUGAAGCUGUCAACGCUCAAUCAGUCUGUCCUGGCUACAAGGCUUCCAAUGUACACCAGUCAUCCAAGGGCUUCACGGCUACUCUGCAGUUAGCUGGAGCACCAUGCAACUCCUAUGGAAUUGACGUGGACUCCUUGGACCUCUCCGUUGAAUACCAGGCUAAGGAUCGGCUGAAUAUAUACAUCGUGCCCAGUCAUGUUGAUGCCUCGAAUGCGUCGUGGUAUUUCCUCAACGAGGAUGUCGUUCCGCGACCUAAGGUCUCUCCGAAUGCGUCUGCUGCGCAUAGUGAUCUGGCAUUGGAGUGGUCCAACGAGCCGUCUUUCAACUUCAAGGUUACCCGGAAGGCGACUGAUGACGUGCUUUUCAACACACAGGGUUCGGUUCUGGUCUAUGAGAACCAGUUCAUUGAAUUUGUGACCUCUCUACCGGAGGAUUACAACAUAUAUGGUCUGGGAGAGCAUUUCCAACAGUUACGGAUUCUGCAUAAUGCAACUCUAACUGCUUAUGGAUCUGACAAGGGUAACCCGAUUGACUCGAACCUUUACGGCAGCCACCCCUUCUACCUGGACACCCGAUAUUUCGAGCGGAGCAAGAAUGGCUCGUUCAUCCCCGUCAAGACCUCCGAGGCCGACCCCAAGAAGGAGUACAAGUCCUUCUCCCACGGCGUGUUCCUGCGAAACGCCCACGGCCUGGAGGUCAUUACGCAGCCUCAGAACCUGACCUGGCGGACCCUUGGUGGUAGCAUCGACUUGACCUUCUACUCCGGCCCAAGCCAGGCUGAGGUCACCAAGAACUACCAGGUCAGCACAGUUGGACUGUGUUACAGACCUUGCCGUAUCAACCUCACGUGA